AUGAAUCUAUUCUCUCUCUACAGUUUCUCUCAUUUGUUUCCCACUUCUCCAGGACAAGUAGACCGAGAGCCCUUGCUGCAUACUUACGGUAACCCUGACGUCUUUGGACGUUGUCACCGCAAGAAUGGUGAUACCAUCUUCAACAGCUAUGAGCGGGAUGGCGAACUCUCAGAAUUCGAUGCAUUAGCAAUCACGGAGCUCAACGAGGCCUACAUUCCUCCCCAGCAGACGAGCAUCGCCCCACUCUACUUGCCGCCAGGACAGACCAUCCCCAACCGGAUGGUUGUCACUUCGCCCAACGCCAAUUGGAUGCCAUUUAUCUCUUUGCGCCCCCGAGCCUGUGCCCUCAGUGGUUCAUCGAAAGCCAGUGGCAUCUUCCAUUUGUCAGAUCGCGUCCGCCAGAGGCCACAAUCAAGCACCUCGAGCUCGGUUUUUGUUGGUGGCAGUUGGGAGAGAAUCAUUUUGUGCCAUGUGGAAGCAAAAGGCUCGGCUUACCGCAACCUCGGUACCUUGCGUGGAGACAUUGCAGAUUUUCUGCGAGGGAAGGCCAAGAAACUUCACGUUGCCUGCCGAGACGUCAAGCAGCUGAAGGAUUUCGGCCGUCUGUUUUAUCUAGCAAACAAGACCGCUGACGCAGCCUUCCAACUCAAGUAUUGCUCCUUCACCAGGCGCGACCUGAUCUACCACAUCAGCGGCUUCCAACGCCUUUACCUGGAGACCCUCUGGGCUUUCCGUCUCAACGACGGCACCGGAAAAAUCUACGAAAUUGACAAGACCAUCAUGGGGGCAAUCGCUGACAGCCCGGAUUGUAUUGUAAUGCUCUACAGAGUUGUACGGGGACGUCCUGCCAACGAGUACGAUCGACGCGCAUUCACGUACAAAGACUUCCCUGGCAUGCCUUUCCCGACUGUUGUCACUGCAUGCCCUCGAAGACAUUUUGGUCCCCUUGAUCCUCAAGUUGUCGUGGAGGCUUCUGGUGGUUUAGCCAUGGUCAAUUCAUCUCCCUCCCCUGCCCUGUCUGCCCCCCACACGGUACCUGUCUCCCCCACGGUGAAUAAAUCUGCGCAAGGCAUCCUUGCUAAAUUUCAUGAGCCAGACCUCGACCAUGUGCCACCUCAAUCCCCAGCCUGGAAGACUGCAUUAGAAGCUGUGGAUAUGGAUUCGCGGCGCGUUUUCUCAACGCCCGCCGCGAACAAGUAUCGCGGUUAUCAAUUCCCAGAUCCUUUCCUAUUUAUCAACGGCUCCAACCACCGAAGCAUGAUGUUGGCCUGGCUGAUGAUGCGUGCUCAGUGGCUUCAGUCCCUCAUUAACACUGAUUCUGCCCCUCAACUUCCUGUCCCCCAACUUCCUGUCCCCCAACACUGGCGCAACUUCCUCCAUGAUUUCGCCAAGGAAAUGGGGUUGUUGCCUACGAUACCGUCAACAAGCAUAGGAAGUCAUGGCGGCGUGCAGGAGAAAAAGGGCAAAGACCAGACACACCAAGGAUCUGAAGAACUGCCGUUCUCGCAAGGCCAAGGAGUAAUGCAAGGGGAUAAAGACGACGGCCUCGCCCCCAACAUCAUGUCGCAAGUGAUUUGGAAUACCUUCGAACAAAACUUUCGAUAUGAAAUCCGCCAACUCGACCGACAUCUCUUGCCCGCUGCUUGGGCCUCGGAUUCUGAAGCCGGCCUGCGCGAAGAUCUAAUCCGUCGCAUUUUUCCAGAUGACAGCAACGGCCUCGUUGUCUCUGCAGGUCCACCUUCUAUCAUUGGCCUUGCGGCGGAGAAUUGGAAGGACCGCUUGAAACAUGUGGAGGCAUUACGGCAGUUAGUAAAGGGAUGA